AUGGCCCCCGUCGACACUUCCUCGGUCGCCGAUCUGCAUGAGCAGUAUGAUUAUAUCAUUGUUGGAGGCGGCACCUCAGGCUUAGUGGUAGCCAGUCGACUGUCUGAAGAUCCGACCGUCAGUGUCCUGGUACUCGAAGCAGGGAGUAAUCGUCUCGACGAUCCACGAAUUGCGGCACCCGGUCUGGCUUCAAGCACUUUCUCAGAUCCCGACUUCGACUGGUGUUUCACUAGCCCUCCUCAAGAGCAUCUGAAUGGACGGUGUCUCGCCGAGCCUCGUGGCCGAACGCUCGGUGGUUCCUCUGCCAUCAACUUGGGCAUGGUGAUCUACCCCAGUCAGACCGAUCUCAACUCGUGGGAAGAGCUGGGGAAUGAAGGGUGGAACUGGAACAAUCUCUCUCACUAUUUGAGAAAGUCGCAGACCUUCACACCUCCCUCCGAUGAGAUAAGGGAGCAACUUUCGCUCCAAUAUAUUGACCCUGCUAUUCAAGGCACCUCUGGCCCACUGCAGGUAUCCUUUGGAGAUGGACCUUUCCCUUCUUUCAAUGCGGCUUGGCCUAAGGUAUUUAAGAAUCUGAACCACCGAAUCACUGGAGAUCCAAUGUCUGGGUUGGCGAAGGGAGCGUUCUGCAAUCCUGGCAGCAUUCAUCCCACCGAAAGAACGCGCAGUCAUGCUGGCGUGACAUACUAUAAUGCCGAGGUCGCCCAAAGAGGCAACUUGCGAGUCAUCACCGACGCUCUUGUUGCGAAAAUUGUUCUAGAAAGAGAUGGUACGAACGAUGCGACUGCAACCGGGGUUCAAUUCGUCGGUCGCGAUAGAACUCAAAGAACCAUCGGCGCCAACCACGAAGUCAUCCUAGCCGCGGGAGCGCUGAAAACACCCCACAUUCUCGAACUAUCUGGUGUCGGAGAAAGAGACCUGCUCCAAAGGCAUGGGAUUGAAGUCGUGGUGGAGAACGAGAAUGUCGGCGAGAAUCUUCAGGAGCACGGCUUUGUCCCAUUCAGUUGGGAGGUAGCAGACGGCCAGUUCACAGCCGAAGCCCUUCGUGAUCCCGAGAUCGCUGGCGCGGCAAUGGAAGCAUGGCAGACAUCCGGCGCAGGGCCUCUCGGACUGUGUGCCAUGCACUCGGCAUAUGCGGGCCUCCCAGAUUUGCAAGACGGCGAGCUCGCAUCACUUGUCAAAGAGCACCUCAGCGAUCAGAAUCUAUCGCCGGGCCUUUCUGCACAGUAUGAUCUCCUCCGCCGGCUCCUAGAAGAUGAGAACGAACCUUCGGGCCAAUACACACUUGCCCCAUUACAGGCUUUGCCGGAGAAAGGACCGAGCAUGAAGGGAAUCUUCGGAAUGACCGAGCCAGAAAAUUUCAUGAGCAUUGUUUCGGUUCUCAAUCGCCCCUUCUCCCGCGGUACCGUACAUCUCGAGUCCACCGACCCCAAAGCAAACCCGAUCUUCGAUCCGCGCUUCUUCUCCCAUCCGCUGGAUAUGGAGCUCCACGCUCGUCACGUUCGCUGGUUGGAAACACUCGCUUGGACGGAGCCGAUGGCGUCCCUGCUCAAACCCGACGGUCGGCGUUUGCAAAAUUCGUCGAAGGAGACAACCCUAGAGGAGGCGCGUGAACUUGUCCGUGACCGCUUCUUAACUCAUUACCAUGUCGCCGGCUCCACGGCCAUGAUGCCGCGCGAAAAGGGUGGCGUGGUUGAUUCCAACCUGGUGGUGUAUGGCACAGCGAAUCUGCGUGUGGUGGAUGCUGGCAUCUUCCCUCUGAUUCCCCGUGGAAAUAUACAGACAACGGUGUAUGCGGUUGCGGAGAAGGCGGCGGAUAUUAUUGCCGAGGCGAAAACCCUCAGGUAUCAACAAGCAAAUCACAUUGGCAGUUAUUUGUCUCGCAUUUAG